AUGUUGCGUCGCACGGCCCGUUUUGCUCGCACACCUGUCAGUGCGUUCCUGCACGAGCCGUCGCAGCGGAAGACGUUUGAUGAAACUUUAGCGCAAUGCAGCGCAAAUGGAACGGACAUGGCGAGCAGCCUGACGUCCGACUUUGCCUCUCUGCAGUCCAAGUUGCUGAAGUAUCGAAUCGUUCGGCUGCGAGACGAGCUGCAGUACGUGCGGCAUCACCCUUUUAGUAGUCUGCCUUCUCUCUCUGACAUGCUAAAACACACUGCGCUCCUGGCGCUAGUGUUCUUGCUCUUUCGGAACGUCGCCCGCCUCUCACUCCGGCCGUUGGAGGAGCCACCCGCGGACCCUGCCGGAACAACGACGCCAGCGACGACCGAGGUGAAUGCGUCGCAGGGCAAGAAGUAA